GUCGGUGCUUACGAGCACUGUACUCGUUUGAUUAUAAUAGAUUUUGAUGACAGCAUCCGGACGGAAAUUAAUGAAUAUAAAGAGUUGAAUAUAUAUAGACCAUACUACUAAGCCAAUGAGCAAAGUGACCAGAGCAAGAGUUCCUGAUAAAUACAAUAAGGACGACAUCAUGAAUAAAUAUAUAUAACGAUAAAAUUGAAAUGUCUUUGAAAAGCUGAAAUUAGAUUAAAACAAAUAGUUAGAGUAGUCUAAUUAGGCUAUAUAUGUUGCGGAAGAAAAAAACUAUAUGUAAAUUUAGCAUAUAUAUCUGUAGCUCUGAAUUUCAGAAUUUGAUAUAAAAUAUUUAAUUAUAUGAUAAGUGAAGAGAUACGUGUUGGAUCGUGAGUACGCCUUGUGCAGGUACACGCAUCUUAAAAAGAACAACGUUCAUAGGAGACUUCCACUAUCAGUGAUGCUUUACUUGAAGCCAGGAGGAUCCAAUGAUUAUAAAUGGAACUUACUUAUUGUCAUCGUUUCUCUUUUUAUCUUAAAAGGUGCGACCUUUCACGUUGAUUAUUCUGGCUUUAAGGGGGCCUUAACAAAAUGGCAGAAUUACCCCGAAACACUAGAUACUCCAAGUGUCGUCAAUGAUGCGGAUCUUGAUGAUCUAUAUGCAAGACAGAUUUUGUCAAGCUUUGUCAAGCGGUAUAGUCAGGAUGAAAUAAACAGGCGUGCAGAUUAUGAAGAUGCUAGAGACCACAACAAUGCAAUUGGAAAGAUACCACAAUCCGAUUUUCCGACGCCCGAGAAGAAAGACGACUCUCGCUGUUGCCAAGGAGUGGGCGAGAGUUGUAGUAUGCGCGAGAGGAGAUAUUGCCGAUAUUUCCAGUGUAUGGUUUUACGCGAGGUACAAGGGGCUGCUGUCGAACAGCCGUCUGGACAAUGGGUGGAGGGAUGUGGCGUCAGCAAGUACCCGGAUGCAGGGGCCAUCCCAAAUGCAUCGGACUUCGUGAUGGGAGGAGUCGCUUCUAGACAAGGGGAAUUCCCAUGGCUGGUAAUGUUUGCCAGAAGGGGACAAUCACAUUCUUGUGGAGCUUUUCUAAUAACAGAGCAAUGGGUUGUCACAGCUGCGCAUUGUCUAAACAAUCCAACAGAUAAUGAUCCCGACAAUUAUGAGCUAUGGGUGAACAAACACUCCUGGAGCAACCCCAAUGAUGGUAUUCAACUGUACCCAACAUUUCUUAUCCCUCACCCUGAGUACAAUUCGCAAUCAAUGGAGGCUGAUAUCGCCAUGUUCAAGUUGCCAGAACCACUGACCUUGACGGAAGACAUCCGUCCAGUGUGUAUGCCAGAUGUUAACAACCAGUAUGUAGGAGUAGAUGCAAUAGUGGCUGGCUGGGGAUCAUUAUGCGAUGGCUGUGGUUAUCCAGACACAUACGAGCAUGUGGACCUGCCCAUCAUCUCCAACGCUGAUUGUCAACUUAUGCUGAUCGCGAAUGGUAGAAAUAGCGAGAUUUUUGACGGCAAUAUAUGCCACGAGACGCCAUUUAGGGAUACUGGCGGUGGUGAUUCCGGUGGAGCAUUUGUUCACAAAGGUGCCGAUGGCAUUUUCCGUGCGAUUGGAAUUGUAUCAUGGGGUUACACGCCAUCUGGCGACCCUGCUUUACCAGGGGUUGGUGCAAGAGUGUCGACCUAUGUCCCAUGGAUCAAUUCAGUCAUGCAAAACAAUUAGAUUGGACUGUAACUUUUAAAUUGACGAAAUAGAAAAAAAAAUUAAGUUGUAAUGUUUUUGUGCCAUACUGAGUAAGCAUUAAAAUAUAAACCGCAAUAACA